UCCACCACCGGCUGUCCAGAUAUUAGAAUUAUCUAACAGGGAGAGCGGCUUGAUUCUGUUAACCGACAGCAGAAAUAAAAGACAUGUUGAAAGGGGCCGUGAAGUCUACGAACAGAAACACCACCAAACGGGACAUGAAGAAAGAACCACCGUCAGUCAGCAUGAGACCCCAAAGGGACAAGAAGGUUCCAUCUGCAGAACUGCAGCUCUCAGACUACCAGUCGUACCCAGAGAAAUGCUUCCCCAGUGCCGUCGCCCUCGCUGUGAUGAAGGACAUAGUGGAUGAGAAACUGGGUGAGAUGGAGUAUAGCAAAGCGUGUUCGGCUGUAGCCACCGAGCUCUCUGACUCCAUUAAAGAGGCAGUUAAGAGCCUCUCAUGCGGACGCUACAAACUGAUUUCUUAUGUGGCCAUCGGACAGCGCCGGGACUCUGCAGUGACCUGUUCCAGCAGAGGCUUGUGGAGUCCCACUGCCGACACCUUCACCGAAUACGUGUUCAAGAACCAGCACUUGUUUGCUCUCUGUGUUCUGUUUGCAGUCUAUCAGGAGUAAACGUGGACCAGCUGCACAUACGAAUAUGAAAGAAAUAAAAUAAAUGAUCACUGACAGUGUCUCAUUGUCUUUAUAAUGCCCAUGGUUUUGGAAU